AGGGAGCCGUUCAGUCAGCAGUAGCGAUAACACUGCGUAUCAUUUAAUAACGCUAAUAAAUAUAAGCUGGUUUAAAGCUCACGCUGUUAAAUGAGUUUAAAAUAAAGAGUGAAUGAGUGUAAAAGUCCACAGCAGAGGACAGAAACCCUGUUUAUGGACUUAUUUCGCGGACAGGUCGUCCUGUAACGUUAAGAAGUAGUGAAGGUAACGUCUAGCCCCACAGAGAAAGAAGCAGCAGUCGCUUUGUGUUUUGUUAAACUGUGGUGUUUUAACGAUAGUUAUCGUGUUUUAUCGCGUUCCCUAGAUAAUUCUCAGCUAAUAAAUCUCACUUUACCUCACGGAUAAGGUUAAUUUGCCGUCCCAUGCAGUUUUUUUCUCCGCACAAAUGCAGCAUUAAAUCGACUCGGAGCUUAAAACCGAAGCGAUUCGGUUCUUGGCGUGGUUUGAGCGUUGCUAGGUUACGCCACGAUACGAUAUGAUACGCUGUAGUUUUGCAGAACCCCAUCUGCAUUCAGGACGCUCGCCCGAGGACAGAGACGGAGACGGAGAGCGAGAGACAGGGACGGAGACACUGCUGGACGCCCCUGCAGGAGGAGCAUGAAGAAGAGCAGGAGUGUGUUGACAGUGACGCCCAAAGAUGACAGUAAGGAGCUCCAGGCAUGCCCGUCCCCCGGGGCCACUCUGGGCGCGGAUCUCCGCCGCUGCUGCCGCCGGCACUCCGGUACUCUGGUGCUGCCGCCGCUCGCCUGGCGUCAGGGCGAGAGGAGCCGGACUCCUGAUGAAGACUGCAUGAGCCGGCCCACCUCACUGGCCUUCACCACAACUCCCCGCAUCGACAUCACCCCGGUAGCUCCUGACAGUUUGGAGGUGGAGAAUGGUCCGUCGGUGGGAUGCAGUCCGCUGGAUCUGCAGUUAUCCCCCGGCUCGGGGCUGGUGCUGCACCCCAGCAUGGCCGGCCAGCGCCGGGAGUCCUUCCUCUACCGAUCCGACAGCGACUACGACCUGUCGCCCAAAUCUACCUCCCGCAACUCUUCCAUCGUGGGCGAACUACAUGGUGAAGACCUGAUAGUCACGCCUUUCGCUCAGGUUCUCGCCAGUCUGCGCACAGUCAGGAAUAACUUCAGCGUUUUGACCAACGUGCCGUGUCCCUCCAGCAAGAGAUCUCCGGUGACGACUCAGCCGCCUGUAACUCGAGCUUCUCUCUCAGACGAGUCCUACCAGAAGCUGGCCGUGGAGACCAUGGAGGAACUGGACUGGUGCCUGGACCAGCUGGAGACCAUCCAGACGUACCGAUCAGUCAGCGACAUGGCCUCCAACAAGUUCAAGAGGAUGUUGAACCGUGAGCUGACACACCUGUCGGAAAUGAGCCGCUCCGGCAACCAGGUGUCCGAGUUCAUCUCCACCACGUUCUUAGACAAACACAACGAGCUAGAGAUCCCGUCGCCUACUCACAAGUCUCGAGAACGCAAGAGGAGGCAGCCAGGCCAUCAUCAUCAUCAGCAUCAUCAGCAACAGCAGCAGCAGCAGCAGCAGCAGCUGAUGACUCAGAUCAGCGGCGUACGGAAGGUCACGCACGGACCCGGUAUCUCCAGCAGCUGCAGCGUGGCUCGCUUCGGCGUCAAGACGGACCUGGAGGACCUUCUCGCAAAGCAGGACUUAGAGGACAUUAACAAGUGGGGUUUGAACAUCUUCAGGAUCGCAGACCAUUCUCAUCAACGGCCGCUUACCUGCGUCAUGUACGCCAUCUUCCAGGAAAGGGACUUGAUGAAGACGUUCAAAAUCCCGCUGGACACUUUCGUGACGUACAUGAUGACCCUCGAGGACCACUACCACUCGGACGUGGCCUACCACAACAGCCUGCAUGCUGCGGACGUCGCCCAGUCCACCCACAGCCUGCUGUCCACCCCUGCUCUGGAUGCAGUCUUCACAGACCUAGAGAUCCUGGCAGCCAUCUUUGCGGCAGCUAUCCACGAUGUGGACCACCCAGGGGUUUCCAACCAGUUCCUAAUUAAUACCAACUCAGAACUGGCCCUCAUGUACAACGACGAGUCCGUUCUCGAGAACCAUCAUCUAGCUGUGGGCUUCAAACUUUUGCAAGGGGAGAACUGCGACAUCUUCCAGAACCUUUCGAAGAAGCAGCGGAGAACCCUGAGGAGUAUGGUGAUUGAUAUGGUUCUAGCCACAGACAUGUCCAAGCACAUGAGCUUGCUGGCAGACCUCAAGACCAUGGUGGAGACCAAGAAGGUGACCAGUUCUGGAGUGUUGUUGCUGGACAACUACACAGACAGGAUACAGGUUCUGCGCAACAUGGUCCACUGCGCCGACCUCAGCAACCCCACCAAGCCCUUAGAUCUGUACCGGCAGUGGACGGAUCGCAUCAUGGAGGAGUUCUUCCAUCAGGGUGACCGGGAGCGAGAACGUGGCAUGGAGAUCAGCCCCAUGUGCGACAAACACACCGCCUCAGUGGAGAAGUCUCAGGUGGGCUUCAUCGACUACAUCGUGCACCCGCUCUGGGAGACAUGGGCGGACCUGGUGCACCCUGACGCCCAGGACAUUCUGGACACUCUGGAGGAAAACAGGAACUGGUACCACAGCAUGAUCCCUCAGAGCCCCUCCCCUCCGUUUUUCGAGACCGAGGGCGACGGUGGAGACAAGUUCCAGUUUGAAUUGACUCUGGAUGGUGAUGAGGGGGAGGACGCGACGCUUCACGAGAGGGUUCACCAUAAAAGACCCUCAGAGACAGCUUGUGUGGAGCUAGUGAGCCAAGAUCCUUCUUCGUCUUCACCCGCGGAGACGUAGCAGACGCUCGGAUGGUGUGCGCGUGUGGUCCGCCGUAUUGGUUUAUACCGUGGAAUGGAGGUCUACGAAACUCCUUCUGCUGGAGAAGCUGUUUGAGGAGCUUAAGUGGAGGUCCAGAAAACCAGAAAAGUGGCGUGAGGCGUUCUGCUUUUUGGUUUUUGAGAGCUAAAGCGGAAGGUAGCGCUGGGAUUCUUCAGGAAAAGUGAGCUGGAGUGUGGAUUCAGAACUCUACUAAACUCAGAACCUACAAAAGAUGGACCGUUUUCUCGAUUCAGUUUUGAGUUAAGGUCACUUUACGGUGGUUUGGACUGGUUUUGACUGUUCCAUGAUGUUUUAAUCCAGUGAUAACUGGAUUUAAAGAAACACAGCCGAGCAGAAAUCCUCAUUUUCUGACGCUUGAGUCCGGUGCUUGCGAAGAGAUGCUAUGAAGGACAACUACUGACUUAUGAAUAAAUAUAAACCGGAUGGAUUUAUUACUCUUUUUUCUUCAAAGACACUUUUUUCUACCAGCUUAUAUAUUAUUUUGGGGUUUUUAUGUGUUUUUUUGUGACUUCUGAAUGAUUUCUCACGAACACUUCUAGUGUAAAGAUAUUUAACAUGAAGGAACUGAAAAGGAAUGAAGUUUUGUGCUGAAAGCAUCAACAAACGUGUAAAUGAGGUCUUUACAAAGGUCUUCCUCCAUUUGAGGCAAUAGCAUUUAUUGUUUAUCCCUUCUUUUUAAGCCUGUACAUUAACGAAUAUUCAAAUAUUCAGCUAUUUAGAUAUUCCGAUAUUUCUACGAUUCACACGAGACAGUAUUUAGUAUUUUAUAUGUAACUGUAAUCUGGUACCAUGUACAUAAUCUACUGUAGAUUGUAAAUAGGAUUGUAAAAAGAACCGAUGAUGAAAGCACUUUAAUAGAAACACUGAAACCACUUUAUAAUAGGGCUGAGUACCCUAAUCAAAAAAAACUCAACAACAACGAAAAAAAAAAAAUAAAUAAAUAAAUAAAUAAAUAAGCAUAACAUGAUCUGGAAAAUGGAAAAUUUUCUCUCGACUGUAGGAACCAGUUCUCUCGUUCUCUGUUCUCUCUCGUCUUGAAAGAAAGAAAGGAAGGAAAGAAAAAAGAAAAUCCCUUUUUUCUGGUGUCGUCUGUAAAAUAAAAAUUAAAAUAAACCUGAGAAGCUGAGACGCUUCAGAUUUAUCAAAGCAAGCAAACCAAUAAAGAAUACAGCUCUGGAAAAACAAAUCUGAAUCAAUUUGGCUAUCUAAAUGUAUAUGUUUGAGUAAAAUGAAAAUUUUUGAACAUAUUGUCAUUUAAAGUCAUUUUUAUUAGCAGAAAAUGAGAAAUGGAUAAAAUAAACAAGUUCAUAUUCAUAAAGAUUUAAGUUCAGAGUUCAGAAAUCAGAAAUAUUUGGUAGAAUAAUCCUGGUUGGUUUUUAAUCACAGUUUUUUUUUCAUGCAUCUUGGCAUCAUGUUCUCCUCCUCCACCAGUCUUACACACUGCUUUUGGAUAACUUUAUGCUGCUUUACUCCUGGUGCAAAAAUUCAAGCAGUUCAGUUUGGUGGUUUGAUGGCUUGUGAUCAUCCAUCUUCCUCUUGAUUAUAUUCCAGAGGUUUUCAAUUCGAUAAAAUCAAAGAAACUCAUCAUUUUUUAAGAGCUCUCUUAUUUUUUUCCAGAGCUGUACGGCUGUAUGUGCGAAUGGUUUUUAAAAUAAAAGUAGAUUUCCGAGUCAUGCCAUGAGUGAGCCUCUGUGUAACAAUCACUGACGUCAAUGCCUUUUGUUUCUUCGUAUGUUAACGCAGACUCGCUAACACAGGAUGUGGUGACUAACCUACACAACACUCAGUCUUAAAUCACUGAGUUAGAAGACAGCAGGGUUUUCAGGUUCCUUUAAGGCCUUGGUGUUAGUGUGCGCUGUCUGUUUGCUGUCGCUCUCGCGCCUUAUCGGUACGGCCACUUCUUAUUCGCUCUUAGCUCACUAAAAGCUCACCUAAAACUCAAUUAAAGCUCAGUUAAAACUUACUUAAAACUCACUUAAAGCUCACUUCUUCCUCACUUCAACUUGUUGUUGAAAAAUGUAGUUUGCUUUACUUUUUUCUGCGAGUGUGAGAAAAGGAAUUGUAUGAGGAAUUUUUAAAUACAGAAAUACAGUAAUAAUGCUUUAAAUCUUUUUUUUAAUUUUUCCAAAAACAUGUUUAAAAAACUGCUUAGUUUGUGAAUUUGUUUUCUGUUGUCUGUUUUUUUUUUUUUACAUAAUUCUAAAUGGAAAGCAGGGAGCCGUGAGCACACUUCUCUGAAAGUGACGACGGGUUUUUUUUUUUCUGUAACUCGUCGCAACUUGUCUGCAGUGAGAAGAAGAAGAAAAAGAAGCGACUGGUGAAACUACAUGAAACUUUUUUUUUUUUUUUUUUUUUUUUAACUCUUUCAUUGCAGCGGCGAUGGUUACGCACACUGUAUCUGUGUGUAUCUGUGAGUUCCCUGGUGGAAUAACGUCUUUUAUUCAUUACUGUUAUUAUUGUUUGUUUGUUUGUUUGUUUGUUUGUUAGUUGUUAAAGCUAUUAUUAUUUUAAUUUUUUUAAUGGCACAAAAAAAAACUGACUACAUGUCGUAGCCGGCGAUGCCAUGAUGAACACGUGUGUUACUUCCCAAAGAACUCAUUAAAUAUGUACAUUUUGGAAAUA